AUGGAAGCGAAUCGGAGUCGUCUGCUGACCACAGCUCGUCCCUAUCUGGAGGUUUUUUCCAUACUCGGACUUACACCACCGCCCCUUUUUUUUGCCAGGACAUUACACAAGAGGCGUAGGCACUGUUUGAUGGCAGGAUACUUUUCCUUCUCCUUUGCAAUCCUUCUGAUGGUCAUCUAUGAGUGCUAUGCGAAUAUUGUGGCCUUACACCAGGAAAUACAUGAUUUCCAUGUGGAAGACUUUAGCAAAGUAAUGGGAAGAACGCAGAAAGUUCUCGUGGUGGCCAUGUCAACUUGCAACCUUCUAAACAUGAUGUUUAACUUUCGUCGUCUCGGACGUAUCUAUGAGGAUAUUGCGGAUCUGGAGCAUGAGAUAGAUAAUGCUUGGAAGGGAUUUAGUGGUCGUAGAAACUGGUGGAGCUUCCGUUUCCGAUUGGCCUUCUCCGUUGGAUUGUGGAUGGUGCUGAUCGUGGGGCUAAUACCGCGUUUUACCCUUUCGGGUCUGGGGCCAUACUUACAUUGGGCAAAUAAAGUAUUCACCGAAAUCUUCCUGGUGAUGCACCAAUUCAAAGGCUUGGAGUAUUGCUUGUCCGUACUUCUGAUCUACGAGCUGAUUCUCCGAGUGCGCCAUAUUCUUGAGCAGGUCCACGUUGAACUUGAGGAUUGCAAUUGCGGCGAGAGGAUUCAAGAGCUGUGUGUGGCUCUGAAACGAAAUCAACUGCUGGUUGGCCGCUUAUGGAAGCUAGUGGGUGAGAUUUCCGUCUACUUCACCAUCUCCAUGAUGCUACUAUUCCUCUUCAACGGACUGACUAUCCUGCACAUCGUCAAUUGGGCUCUCAUAAAAUCUAUCAAUCCAAACGAUUGCUGCCAAUAUAUGCGAGUCGGUACUAAUCUUUUACUAUUAAGCACUAUAUUUAUGUCCUGCUUUUACAGUGAACUCUGCAUCAAAGCGUACAAUAGCAUCCCACGCAUUCUGCACCAAAUUGGUGGCUUAACUGCAGCUGAAGGUUAUCCAAUGUUAAAAAUGGGUCUAAGGGAAUACUCCUUGCAAAUGCAACACUUAAGACUCGAUUUUAAUUGCGGCGGGUUCUUCAAUAUCAAUCUCAAGUAUUUUGGAGGGAUGAUGAUCACGAUAUUGGGCUAUAUCAUUAUUCUAGUUCAAUUCAAAAUUCCAGUUUUGGCGCAAACGAAAUAUAGGGUAGGUAUGAACAUCAGCGAAAUGACCACGUAAAUGUGUAAUUUAAUCAAUUACUAAAACAACGUAAAAACUUUAAAAACUUAGCACAAUAUUUAUAUUAAACCUAAAUUUUUGAAACGAUAUUUAGAACAUGAUAUGAUUUACAUGAAAUCUACAUUUUGCAACAGCGACACCUAUCGACAAUGCAAUCUUAAGUGUAUACGUAAAUUUUGCUUAAAACAAAAACAAUUCAUUUAAAAUACUUAAACAAUUUUAAAACCAAUUAAAAUCCCAAGAGCAUACAUAAACUAAGAGGUUUCCUUGCUCUAAAAACUAUAUGUUUUACAAUAAGAUGUUGAAUAUCAGCAACUACAUGUACGAUGUUUACGUAUUGUAAAAAUACACCAUGUAUAUUUUGGAAAGCUUACACAUGAUACAGUCAUGGCAUAAAAGUUAGAUCACUUCUGACAUAGCUUGCUACAAUAAAUAAAUAUCAAGAACACUACAUUGAGUUGUAUAUAUUUACGUAUUUAUUUUUUUGUAAGACAGCAACCACUCUGUUGUCAAAUCAGUAUCGGCCUGCCCCCAAAGGACUUCAGUUUGAGUGGGCGGAGCUAUCAGGUUUCUCUAUAACUAGGCUAUUAUUGUUUUACUUAUUGCCAUCGAUCCACCGAUCGAUCAAUUUCACCAUUCAUAACCAACUAGCAUUUAGCUCUAAUUACACUUAGUCUAUGCUUUUUACAUCGAACAUUUCAUGUUGUUACAUUUUCGGAAAUUGUACUCAUAAUUAGUUUACUUUAAUUGCGACGAAUCGACUAAGACCUAAAACUUAGUGGCUAAUGAACCUAAUACCUACUGCUAAACAUCUGCCCACCUAGACCCGUCAGUGUUCAAUUUUGUACAAUAAGCUUAAGCCUAAAAGAUUGUAGACUGUGGAGAUGUCAGUUGGAUUAAUCGCUCGUGAAAUGUUCAGUUACGUUCAUUUGCUUGGAUUGUGUUAUAUAACUUCAGUUGGUAAUCACAGACUAAAUAACUGGAAUAACUUUUGGAAGUUGUACACCUAUAUGCGUAUAUUUAACUAGUAAAGAGAAAUAAUUAACUAAUUAAAACUGGUCGCAAACACCAACAAACCAUCUAAACAAACCUUCAACUCGAUGCUAAUAGAUAGAAUACAUAUUUGCACUUGGUGUAGUACAAUUCAGAGAUUGCAACGUCGCCACUGGCAGUUACAUUUACAGUGAUUUCAAUAUAAAGCUCCGAUUCAGUUAAUAACAAUGGGUAUAAAAAUUGUCGCAUAUAUGCUCGGGUGUGAGAAAGGACACUGGUGGUCUUACAUAGCUAACGGGGCUUACAGCUAAUUAAUCUACACAGUAGUUC